AUGAGGGCUGCACACAAUACAACAGACAAGGCCCGCCUGUACUGGCAAUCCCUUGCUGAUGAAGCCAUUGCCCGCUACAAUCCUGGAACCAUUCCUCAGGACAUCUGGCCACAGGAUAUUCUUUGCCGAGUGUCCGCGAUGCCUGAUUCACAACUUGACACCUACAAAGUCACACUCAGCCCCUCCUCAGCUGCUAAGGCUAUCUUCCCGGCCGCGUCCUCAACACUGCGCUCGUCCGACAACGCCUCUUGCGACAUUGCUAACACGGUAAAAUCUACCAAGGGGGCUGUGUUGUUGGGUGUCCAAAUGCCAGUCCCGAGUAUUUGGUCCGGAACAAGCUUCCACAAGGCCUCAGCCGAGGGUGACAGUGUCACGCCCAAAUAUGUUGGGGUUUUGUGUCUUGCAUGGUCUUAUGUCUUAUCCGCUCGUCUGCUGGAGAUGCAACGACAUAAGCGUGCUAGGCUUGUGUACAUGGAUUCGGCUGCAAGCCUAUAUGAUCCGCAUGGCAUUCGUUGUCCCCAUUCGGGUUGGGAAGCUAUAAUCGCUGAGAACGAGGGUGAAGUGUAUUAUGCACCCUGGGCCCUUUCGCUGGAAAACGAACCACGCGCGAGCAUAGUGUGGGGAGACAACGAACACCCACGUCCGAAGCAAAGACCGGCUACACUACCGCUGCCCGUUGGUCACCCAAACCAACGAAAACUUACCCAGCCCGAGCGAAAGAUUCUGGAUACGGUUGUUAUCUACGAGAAUCUCCCAUAUUAUCUGUCCGUAAGAUGCAAUUAUAGUGUCGUGAUCUCCAGCCUCUGCGGGUCAUUUUGGGAACCUGACAUCCUAUGCAACCUUGUUAGUCCAUGGAUCCACCCCGUCCUGGAUGAAUUACGCAUACGGGCUGAGUUAGUCAACGAUCAAGGACGCUGCUUUGAAGUGAUUGCUCUAAUGUGCGGUAUUCGUCGACCGCGCCUUUCAGCCCUCUGGGUCGGUGCUGCAACCAGCGGCUUCUUGCCAAAGGUGUUGGACCUGGUUAGGAGCGGUACACCACAUAUUGACCCUAAUGGCUAUCAUUGGACAGCGUAUCCGCAGACUUUUAUGGACCUCCCCGGCUCGGGUUCAUAUUUCCAUCCUACUUCGUCUGGCCAGAGCGUGAUUCGGAGAGCCGAUCUGUGGCGUCUACUGUAUCUUCCUAUAUUGGAAAAUGAUGGCCUGUAG